AAUAUAUGAACCAUUUCUGUUUAUUUUUGGGUUGUCUCAUAGAGCUUUCACAGCUCCCUCUAAUACACAGAAAUUAUUGGUUUUUCUCCCCUUUUUAAAAAAAAAUCUUCAUAUAGAUUGGCCCAAAGAGUAGGUAAAACACAAUACCAAGUGGGUGUCUCUCUUUCUCUGAAUCUAAUCUGAUCUACCCUCUGUGGGUUUGCUUCACAUUGCUUAAAAAUGGUGAGAGGGAAGACUCAAAUGAAAAGGAUUGAGAAUGCAACAAGCAGGCAGGUGACAUUCUCCAAGAGAAGAAAUGGAUUGCUCAAGAAGGCUUACGAGCUUGCUGUUCUCUGCGAUGCAGAAGUGGCCCUCAUCAUUUUCUCCCCCAGAGGAAAACUCUAUGAGUACUCCAGCAACAGCAUGCAGGUAUUAUUGGAAAAAUACCAAAAGUGUUCGCAUGAAAACAACAACAAUAAGGCAUCAGAACAGGAUGCUCAGUAUUUAAAACAAGAGAUUGCCAACAUGAGGGAAAGGAUUAAGAGCUUGGAAACAACCCAAAGAAACAUGUUGGGCGAGGAUUUGACACAAUGUUCGCUAAAAGACUUGGCUGAUUUGGAGGUCAGAGUUGAACGAGGUUUGAGUCACAUACGAGCCCAUAAGGAGCAAUAUCUCAUGGAAACGAUUAAGCAAUGCGAAAGAAAGGAGCGAAUGUUGAUGGAGGAAAAUACAAGGCUUCGUAAAAAGGUUAGAAUAUCAACUUGUAGUUUCUCUUGUCAACGAAUAUUGUAAUUAUUAAUCAUUACUUUUUAUUCUUAUUAUUAG